GCGCAAGUGAGCUCCGGUCUGCUGAUUUCCGCACAAGACAUGACAAUUUCGGAAGGCCUGGACUCUAAAUCGCCAACAGGUUCAUCGCCCUCGAAAUCAGCACCGAACAAGGUCGCCUUGGGGGAUCUUCCCGCCUUUCUGACAGCUCGUACUGCGCCGGAUGCACCUAUACCAGCACCGCCAAGACGAGACUCUAUUACCUCCCUUCCAAAGCCCGUUGUGGACUAUUCCCAAUUCAUGGAGCAAUUGAAAGCGAAUCCACAUGCACGAGUUGUCUCCUAUGAGCAUACAGCGUCGCUAGACACGUUAGGACCACCAGGACAGCUAGUGGAGGGCGGUAUGGUUGGACCUGGUAAUGCGUCAGAACGAUCUAUGGCGUUGGCGAAUACUGAAAAUGAUACCAUUGGAGGAACACGAUCGGUACGCUUUGCUUCGUCGGGAGACCCUAAAAGAACUGUUGCGGCAACUUUAGAGGAGUCUUUAUCAGGGACGUUGGCACACGAAGUACAGAUCUCCCACCCAGAACCACAAUCAAUUCUUAAAAGCGCCACGGUACCAUCUCCAGUGGACUUACAUGCUCUCACAAAUUCAUACUCAUACAGUGACAGCGGGAGCGAGGGUCUGUCAGACUACGACGAUGACACCGAGGAGGGUUCUGUUUCAGACGAAUAUGGCAGUGAGCCUGAGUCAGAUCGGGAAGGUCAUUCAUUGCAAGAGCGCACCAGCGGUGGGAUUGCGACACGAGGAGGACGGUCGCAAGGUCGAGUUUCUAGACACAGGGGUGAAACGGUUGAAUCAGAAGAUGAGAGCGUCCUAAUAUCAGGAGGUGAAUCGGCCGAUGAUCAGUCGCCCGCUCAGUUGUCAGAACCGGUACUUCAAGAGAACGAAUCAAAAGCACAACUAGAAGAUGUUACAGUAGACGACUAUGAGGACAUGGACGGGCUCCUGGUGACGUUGGAUCGCUUUAUUCGAAAGAAUCGAUACUCGCGUAGCAUGAAUUCAGUGGCUUUGUCCCCCUCGUUGGCGGCGUUGCAAAGCAUCAAAACCAAAGGCGCGCCUUCAUGGGCUGUUGAGGCGAACGAAAGAGAAGUUUCCAAAAUCCAACCAUUGAAGGGGCUGCAGAGAAUCAAGAGCAUCAAAGAGGAGACGAUGUCAGAACAGGUCACUCUCCCUGUGACGGAUGACAAGAGGAAUAUGAUAAUGGCGAAGCUCACCGAAGCGAAUGUGAAAAAGAUUACAACUCGCAUUUAUAUCGAGGACGCUCGAUCCUUUAAAACGCUGCUCCUGACAUCCCUGAUGUCUGCCGAUCAAAUUGUUCAUGAUGUGGUUACAAAGUUUCAUCUGGAAAAGUCACCCAACUGGACGUUGUUUGAACUUUGUAAUGACCUUGGCAUUGAACGCCCGCUGCGAGAUUGGGAAAUCGUUACGGACGUUAUAUCUGCUUGGGAUGCUGGGACAUCAAUCAACGCAAUCGUCAUGAAAAAGUACGGGUACAGGGACACUGUUUCUCCUAAAGCCGUAGCGGGAAAAUAUCCACGAGUUCAAGGGUGGAUGCAUAUGGAAGUGAAGCCUGGCAAAUGGCAACGCAAGUUCUUUGUACUACGCGAAGCCAGUAUCUACUAUUACAAAGAUGCCAACCAGUCGGGUUCGGAAUCCCUUUUUUGUGGACUUGGCAAUUACGAUGUAUAUACUCUAUCGCAACGCCGAAAGAAGACGCCAACACAAUUCUGUUUCGCCCUUCGAUCAACUAACAGCAUAUCUUACUUUGAAAACAAAAAGGAUUAUGUCCGAUAUUUGUGUGUCGAAAAGCAGGAGCGACUGUAUGAUUGGGUUCUAGCCAUCCGAUUGGCUAGGAGUGAGAAGACAUUUGCUGACUUCCCGGAACUUUUCGAGGAUUACGAUGAAAUUUCUGCCAAAGCGUGGCGGCGGAGACAGGGCGAUUCUCUAGGGAAAAGUGCACGGGAGAGGAUAGAUCCGAAGCAAGUAGAGGGUGCGGAAGGUGGCUCACAAGGGGACUUGGGCCAGGAUCACACGCGGCUUGCUCGACGUGCAGCAUCCCCUGAGCCACUACUACAAUUUGGCACCGUGAACAAUAAUAUUAGUCACCCGGAAGUUCGCAGGUCAGCCGAACCAGAUGCUGGUCGGUCCUCAACCCGCCGCAAAUCCCACCGCCGCAGAGCAUCGUCGGAGAACGACGAUGAUGAACCUUUACUUGUUCGACAGAUGCGUCAAAAGACCGCAUUAAUAGCUGAGGAUGGGGAGCGUGACGGUGGGCUCGUCUCACGACGGGCGACACGACCUAGUCGAAAGGUGACUGACAGGGAAGAUGUUACCUCUCAGUCGGAGAGAGAAGUUGAUGUGGCACGACGAAAAACUAGAUCAACGCGACGAGUGCCAGAUGACUCGCCCUCUGAGCGCGAGUCAGAUGUUGGCCUCAUGAGACGACCGACCACGACUCGAUCAAGCAACUACCGUAGUACAGACGAUGUAGUUGCAAAGAGACGUUCACCCCCAUCGCCGCCGAAACCUCUCCUGUCUUUCGCGGCAGACGACAAGGAACGUGAUAAGGAUCGGGAUACAGAUCGAGAAAGGGAGCGAGAACUUGAAUGGAAACGGGAAAAGGUGCGUGAUCGCGAACACAAGCGAGAGAGAUCACGAAGAGGAGACAGACCGGGUGGAAGUGUCCGAGAGCGUAACCGCGAACGUGACAAGGACAGAGAAAAGGACAGGGAAUUGGACCGAAAUAAAGAUGAACGAAACCCUGACCGAGAUCACCGUGAUCGCAACGAUGAAGGUAACCGAUCGUCUGGACACCGGUCCAGAUAUGGGAGUGGAACGGCCAUCGGAGGUGGAUCCACCAGUACGUUGGUACAACAGAUAUCCGAUUCUCAACGAUCAGAGGCUAUCGCUUCUCCUCGUGAUUCCGUAAGACGCCGUAGCGAUCACAGGGAUGAUCGAGUUCAAAGGUCCUCAACCACGCGUCAUCGGCACCGAGAGAAGAGCAGCACGCAUUCCUCUCGACGCGCCGACGAAGACGGCGUUUUGGUGACUCGUUCGAAAACCAUGAAGAGCGCCAAGCCGCUCAUUGACAUAUCGGACAGUCCCAAUUGUCGAAAGUGUGGUUGCAGCGAGUAUAAACCUGGUGGAAGGGGUGGAGGGUGCACAAAUUGCUAUCAUGUACACAACAUUUUCUGACAUGAACAAUUCGGGGCAUUCAGCGGAUAUAUGUACAAAGAUAUUCUUUUUAAUUCAAAUGAACAAGCGAGAUAGCGGGCUGCGACUACGGUGAAUUAAUUUUAAUAAUAAAGUAAUUGAGCGAAUUCCGCUUUCAUUCAUUGGGGAAUCAUUGUUAACAAUUCAUCAACGUAUGUGGGUGUUCUAUGUCGCAGUACGCCUGUCCGAUGGUCUCGCAUCACAUUGGCAGGUGCAACUUUUAAAGAUGCUUUGAGGGCAUUGAAUACGCAUUCCUGUAAACAGCCCGUGAAUUGGCACCCUGCUACUGGAAUCUCCCUUUUGAUCAAGUCCACAUAUCUGUAGUUGGGCAUUUGGGUCGUCCAUGUGUACUGUCAACCCCUUGACGAUUGCAGCCCAAUGAAAUCAUCCAACUUUACCUCUACCAAUUAUAGAUCCUAAGUAGAAAUAUUGUCGCAUAUAAUGUAUUUAAGAUA